AUUUUUCUGGCUCACUUUUUAGGUCACACUAGAAGGCAAAACCCACCUACCCUCACCUAAAACGCUACUAGCCCUCUUUGGCUCCCAUCACACUUUCAGAGUUUGAAACUUCUACACAUUCACCUUCAUCUUUCUCUCUUCUCUUCAUUUAUCUCUUGAAAUCUUCAAUUUAUUCCUCAAAUGGAUUCUGCUUUGACCAUUUCCUCUGCUUCCCUUCUAUCCCGCAAAUCCAACCACAAUAUUCAUCCUCCCACUGCUUCAUUUUCUUUCUCCUCAAAAACCCUACUAAAACCCUCUUCCAGAAUUUCCAUUUCUGCUAAAAGUUCCUGUAAUUUCGACAUUAAUCCCUCAAAUGGGACUAGUAUUGGAAACCCAUUUACUCAAACCCUCCAAAAAGCUUGUAGAACAGUUGUUUUGACUGUUGCAGCUACCUUAAUUGCCUCCAAGUUUAAGGAAAUGGCCGUAAAGGCGGAACCUUUGACACCAACUACAGAAGAAUCAACAAUAGAAGAAGACAAAGUUGAAAACUCCAAUGAAAUUGAGGCUGGGUAUGAAGAAAAAUCACCACUAUCUCGCUUAAUGGAAUCAAAUUCUGAGUUUGUGGACAAUCUGUGGAAAUUAUUACAGAAAAAGCUUGAAAUUGGGGAAGAUGAAGAAGCAUUGAAGAUUCUGGAUAAGUUAGUUGAAGCUCAACCAAUUGAAAUGGAGUGGAAAUUUUUAAGGGCGAGAUUAUUGAAUGAAAUGGGGAAAACCCAAGAAGCUAGAGAAGCAUUUGAAGAGAUUUUGACAUUAAAUCCUCUCUCAUUUGAGGCCUUAUUUGAGAAUUCAUUGCUUAUGGACCGUUGCGGCGAAGGGAAUGCUGUGAUUGUGAGGUUAGAGAAGGCUUUAAGCAUUGCUAUGGAUGAAAAUAAGGCAAAGGAAGCAAGGGAUGUGAGGUUAAUCAUUGCUCAAACACAAUUUUUGCAGAAGAAUGUGGAAGGAGCACUACAAAGUUAUGAUGAUUUGAGUAAAGAAGACCCUAAAGAUUUUAGACCCUAUUUUUGUAAAGGGGUGAUUUAUAGCUUGCUUGAUAGAAAUGAAGAGGCUAGAGAAGAGUUUGCCAAGUAUAAAGCUCUUUCACCCAAGAAAUUUGAUGUGGAAGGUUACUUAAGGACUCCACUUUCUAGGACAAAGCUCUUUGGGACAGAUUCAAGUUGAAUGUUUGUGUAUUGCUAUCAAGCUUUCUUUUUAGGAAUAAACAAGUAUGGGAAUUGGGAUGGAUGAAGCAAUGUGAUUGCUUUUAGGUAAUUUAUUAUUAUUAUUAUUGUUGUUGUUUAAUUAAUUAAUUAAUAUUAAUAUUAGUUAAUUAAUUAAUUGA